UUUUUGUUCUUUCUUCGCUCAGAACCAGCAACUCGCCUUCGUCGUCCCCCGACAGAACUGGAGACACAGAGCGCCAGUUGACCAGGACAAGAAAUGGUAGAAGCUCGAUGGAUUUCACUUCUACUUUCACUGGUCACACUUUCAGUUGCCGCUUAUGAUAUCGAUUGCAAAUGGAAAAGCAAUAUUACAGACAUUGAAGACGUCGCGCAUCACAAGUAUCAAGUUCUUGAAGAAUGUCUGUUCUACAAGCUAACCAGCGAUGCGGAUCGUAUGCAAGACAAGAGCAAUGCUCUGAUGAUGCUUCCACCCACCGUUGCAGCCGGUGAGACUCUUGAAGUUCAAGUACUUGAUGGAUCCAUCACGGAGAUGUGGAUGAAUGAGGUGUUCAAGGAGAUGAAUAUCAAUGGAUUCUUGAAACUGUCGUGGAAAGACCGUCGCCUUCGUUGGAAUCCAGAAGAAUGGAAGACCGAGGUGCUUCGAUUGAAAUCCAUGGGAAGAUUGUGGUCACCAGAUAUCAACUCGGAUAAGCUCCAAACAGGAUCCCAGUCCACAGAUUUUGUCAACUACCAUGAUAUUCAAUCAAACUACAAUGGAAAUGUGACGGCAAGGCUUGAGUUCAGAAUGAAGGCUCAAUGUCAGAUUGAUUAUACUGAAUAUCCAAAUGACCGUAAACAUUGCUGUUUCAACUUGCAAUCAAACCUCUAUAAAAGAUAUGUAAGAUUCAUAAUGGAACACGAAGGAGCACAUGAGAUGUUGAAUACGAAGAAUACUAAAACUAAUUGGCAUAUUGAUCCAAUGUACACUUGGAUUUCAAAAAUGAAUCAGGAAAAUGACAAUAGAGCCGAACGUCUCGAAGUGUGUGUUGGAGUAGUCCGCAAGUCAUCAACCCUUGCCGUUGAACUCACUCUCCCGGUUCUCAUUUCUGCAUUGAUUCUUUUGUUGGCUCCAUUCUUUGGAAAGUUCAACCAGCAAAUUUAUGUGAAAAUGUUCGCUCUUUUGCUUCAAUUCCUGAGCUUCCAAUUCUUGGCAGAGAAGACUCCACAACUUGGAUUUGGAGACAAUAUUCCGAAGAUUUACGUCUUCUACGCGUUCACAAUCGGAAUGACUGUUCUCAGUCUUAUUGCAACUGUAAUGAUCUCUGCAAUGAGUCGAGUAAAGAGAAAGGUUCCACCAGCACACAGAUAUACCCUUCUUGCUUCACUUCUUAAUGCCAAUUUGUGUUGUGGUUCUGAAGAGGAACCAACUACUGAUGGGACUUCUUCAAAGAUGUCUCAGGACGCAACAUCGGAUUGGCUUCAAGUUCAUUCGGCUCUCAACAAUCUCUCAUCAAUUCUUCUCAUUUUCAUCUACAUCAUUGGUGCUAUUGUCAUUGCUUUCUAGACACACAGAAAUCAUUAAUAAUUUAUUGGUAUUUUUUCCCGUAAAAACUCAAAGCUUGUAAUUGUUGUAAAAAGUCUAAAAACACAUAAAUGUAAAUAAAUUCGUUUGAAAUCA